AUGUUUCGUUGCAGCAGAGAGGAGAGGGAAGCGUCUGGGGUGAGGGAAGUGUCUGGGGUGAAGGAAGCGUCUGAGGAGAAGGAAGCGUCUGAGGAGAAGGAAGCGUCUGAGGAGAGGGAAGCGUCUGGGGAGAGGGAAGCGUCUGGGGAGAGGGAAGUGUCUGGGGAGAAGGAAGCGUCUGAGGAGAGGGAAGCGUCUGAGGAGAGGGAAGUGUCUGGGGAGAAGGAAGCGUCUGAGGAGGGGGAAGUGUCUGAGGAGAGGGAAGCGUCUGGGGAGAGGGAAGUGUCUGGGGAGAAGGAAGCGUCUGAGAGGAGGGGGAAGCGUCUGAGGAGAGGGAAGCGUCUGGGGAGAGGGAAGUGUCUGGGGAGAAGGAAGCGUCUGAGGAGAGGGAAGCGUCUGAGAAGAGAGAAGCGUCUGGGGCGAGGGAAGCAGGGAAGCGUCUGA